AUAUUCAUCGUUUAUCCGUACUUAUUUGUAAUUGUGCAUAUAGAAUAAUAUGCAUUUAUAAGCGUAAAUGUAGUCCUAAAUGUAUGUGAUCGUGCGUAGGCGUUCUGAGUCAGUUCAAUAGAAUGAAUGAAGGUCCUUGCUUCCCUCCGCCCCUCAAGUGCUACAACACAUCUUGCACGUUCUGUAGUUAUAUCCAGGUGCCUCAUUCGCUGCUUGUUUAUAGUUUGGAGUUUAGAGUUGCUGCAGAACAUAACUGUUCUGUGACAUUUCAUUUCUUAAGAAUUUAAUCUAGUCGUUUUUGAGAGCUUCAUUGAUACAUUUUUAUCAGUGAACUGAUGCACUGACAUUACCAUGCAGUUGCAGUAACAACUUUAGGAGCUGAUUUAAGCUGCAUUAAAUUCCUCAUAAAUCGUCAAAAUGCCUCUUCUGCAACAUGUAAUGGACACAGAGUUGGAGCGGUUAGCCGUGGACCAGAUUGUCCCAUCUCUACUGGACCAAGGAUUCUUUUACGUAGACAACUUUCUAGGAGAAUUGGUUGGGCACUUUGUUUUGAACCAAGUGAAAGAGAUGCACUACUCUGGAGUUCUGCAGGAUGGACAGCUGGCUGGUCCUGGCCCUUUUGGGGUGUCCAAAAUAAACAUUAGAGGAGAUAAGAUAGCCUGGGUCAAUGGAGGUGAAAAGAGGUGCGAGGCUAUUCACCUCCUUCUGACAUUAAUCGAUAAGUUGGUUUCUCUUUGCAUCGGUCGACUUGGGAAAAGUAUAAUUCGAGAAAGAUCGAAGGCGAUGGUGGCGUGUUAUCCAGGAAAAGGGACAGGAUAUGUGAAACAUGUGGACAAUCCCAAUGCUGACGGUCGCUGCAUCACCUGUAUCUACUACCUCAACAAAAACUGGAACCCCCAGGAGCAUGGAGGAAUUCUUCGCAUUUUUCCCGAAGGCAAAUCCUAUGUUGCAGAUGUUGAGCCCCUGUUUGACAGACUGCUGUUCUUUUGGUCAGAUAGAAGGAAUCCACAUGAGGUGCAGCCUUCAUAUGCAACAAGAUAUGCUAUAACCGUGUGGUAUUUCGAUUCAGAAGAAAGGGCAGAGGCAAAGAGACGGUUUAGAGACUUAACAGCCUCCACCCAAGACCCGGACGGAAGCAGUACUCCCUGAACUUUGACCUUAUAAGAGACUCCAUCCUGUGUGACACAAUACAACACUGGAUCCCUAAUCCUUUGUACUGACAGAGUUGUCAUGCUUUGGUCUAAUCACUGUUUGGACUGUGCUGUGGUACCUCUUCUAAACGCUACAAAGAUGUUGAAAGUUACAAAGAUGUGUGGUUGUGGUAGAUGAUAAGAAGAGACGUUAAUGGCGUUGUGCAUAUAUUUAGAAAUAAAAUUAUUUUCUGCUCUUUCAAUAACAGCGAUUCUCGUCAUUGUAUUUAAAUGAAUCAACCCAAAUAAUACUGUACUACUUCCUGAAAUGUCUUUAUAGAAUAUGGUUAAAGAAUGUAGUUGGGUUAAAAUCAACUGAAUUUUCUUCUUUAACUACUACUGUUCUAAAAUAAUUGUUUACCAGUUCAUGCAUGCCAGAGAGAGAGAGAGAGAGAGAGAGAGGGUGGGGUAUGUGCAUGCUCACGUGUGUAUUAUACAAUUUGGUUCAUCUAUAAUUAUUAAAAUGUUUGAAUGUAAAUCUUGAACAGUAAAUAUGAAUUGAGGUGACAAUGUUAUGAUGAAAAUCACUAAGGCCUAGAUUCAAUAAGAUCAAGCGUUAACUGACGAUAGCUGACACCUGCAUAGCUGAUGUUUUGGCGCUGUUUGAGGUGGAACAGCAUUGGACAUGUCAAAUUGCAGCUGCUCUUGAUCAUUGUCAGGAAGCCACAGCCAUCACACUUCCGUUAGAAGUUCAGAAUGAGAAAGUAUAGACGAUAUAGAAAUAAUCACACUCAAGCUGAAAAUCAUUAAACAAACUAAUGAGGAUUUCUAUAAAUCUAAUCGAGGUGUGGAUUACAUCUUACAUUCCAGUAUUCCAACUUGUAAACAAGGCUGCAUGGGAUUUCUUUUAAUGCGACUCCAUGCGGCCGAUGGCAAUUUCCGCUUUAGGUAUGUGCCAGGUGCCGCUUGUUGAUUUGACAGCGCUAACGCUGUUCCCCCUCCAUCACCGCCAAAACAUCCAAAACAGGUGUGAGAUAUCACCGGUUAACGCUUGAUCUGAAUGAAUUGGGGUCCUCAAUAAAAAUCAGAAUGGGCA